AUGGAAAUUUUGUGGAAGACGCUGACUUGGACUCUGAGCCUGGUGGUGAUGGCCGCUUCUGAAUUUCAAAGCAUCAACAGACUUUCACACAACUCUCAAGAGGAGUUCCUGUCCUACCUGCAGCACUACCAGCUGACUGUCCCGGUGCGGGUGGACGAGAACGGAGAGUUCCUGAGCUACACUGUGAAGCAGCACCGGCCGGGCCGACGGAGACGAGGGGCGACGGACCCCGUCAUGGGGCAGCUGCCUGCGUCAGGCCCCCCGGAGUCCCGGCUCUUCUACAGACUGUCAGCCUACGGAAAGCACUUUCACUUAAACCUGACGCUCAACCCCCACCUGGUGUCAAAACAUUUUUCAGUGGAGUAUUGGGGCAGAGAAGGGCUGGAGUGGCGCCAUAACAUGGUAGAUAACUGCCACUAUGUUGGAUUCCUGCACAAUCAGCACAGCACGACCAGAGUGGCGCUCAGCAACUGCAAAGGCCUGCACGGUGUUAUAACAACAGAGGAAGAACAGUAUUUGAUAGAGCCAUUAAAGAACAUAUCCUCCACCACCUCCAGUGAAUGGAACCUGGAAGAAGCACAGCAACAUGUUAUUUAUAAAAUGUCUGCCAUUCCCUCACCACAAGAGCAUAGCCAGGAGUUCAGCUGUGGCAUUUCAGACCUCAUUAAAAGCAGUGCACCUUGCCAGUUCAGCACACCUCCCCCUGUCCACCCGUCUCCUGCACCCCAGAACGACAGCGAGCAGUCGAACAGCACCCACAGACAGAGGCGCUCCGUCAGCAGCGAGCGCUUCGUGGAGACGCUCGUGGUUGCGGAUAAAAUGAUGGUCGGUUACCACGGACGCAAAGACAUAGAGCACUACAUCUUGUCUGUAAUGAAUAUUGUUGCCAAACUUUACCGUGAUGCCAGUCUAGGAAAUGUUGUGAACAUUAUUGUGACCCGGUUGAUUGUUCUGACUGAAGAUCAGCCUAACCUGGAGAUUAACCAUCACGCUGACAAGUCUCUGGACAGUUUCUGUAAAUGGCAGAAGUCCAUCCUGUCCCAUCACGGCGAUGGCAACAGCAUUCCUGAAAAUGGGAUGGCUCAUCAUGACAACGCUGUCCUGAUCACCCGGUACGACAUCUGCACCUACAAGAACAAACCCUGCGGUACCUUAGGCUUGGCCUCCGUGGCUGGAAUGUGCGAGCCAGAGAGGAGCUGCAGUAUCAAUGAAGACAUCGGCCUCGGUUCUGCUUUCACCAUCGCGCAUGAGAUCGGCCACAAUUUUGGGAUGAACCAUGAUGGGAUCGGGAAUUCCUGCGGCACCAAAGGCCACGAGACCGCCAAACUGAUGGCCGCUCACAUAACAGCCAACACCAACCCUUUCUCUUGGUCUGCCUGCAGCAAAGACUACAUCACCAGCUUUCUCGACUCAGGUCGGGGGACGUGUCUGGACAAUGAACCUCUGAAACGAGACUUCCUGUACCCAACAGUGGCCCCGGGGCAGGUGUACGAUGCAGACGAGCAGUGUCGCUUCCAGUACGGAGCCUCCUCACGCCAGUGCAAGUAUGGGGAAGUGUGUAGAGAGCUCUGGUGCCUUAGCAAAAGCAACCGCUGUGUAACUAACAGUAUCCCUGCUGCAGAGGGGACUCUGUGCCAGACCGGCAGCAUCGAGAAAGGGUGGUGCUACCAGGGGGAGUGCGUCGCGUUCGGUACCUGGCCUCAGAGUGUGGACGGAGGCUGGGGGCCCUGGUCGAUAUGGGGAGAGUGCAGCAGGACCUGUGGGGGCGGUGUAUCCUCCUCCAUGAGGCACUGUGACAGCCCAGCCCCGUCUGGAGGAGGCAAGUACUGUCUCGGGGAGAGGAAGCGUUACAGAUCUUGUAACACCGACGCCUGCCCGGUCGGAUCUCGUGAUUUCCGCGAGAAGCAGUGCGCCGAUUUUGACAGCAUGCCUUUCCGUGGGAAGUACUACAACUGGAAGCCUUACACCGGGGGUGGUGUAAAGCCCUGCGCGCUGAACUGCUUGGCAGAGGGCUACAACUUCUACACAGAGCGCUCUCCUGCAGUCAUAGACGGCACCCGAUGUCAGGCUGACUCUCUGGACAUUUGCAUCAAUGGAGAGUGUAAGCAUGUGGGCUGUGAUAACAUCCUGAGCUCCGAUGCUAAAGAAGAUCGAUGCCGCGUGUGUGGAGGGGACGGCAGCACCUGCGAGGCAACAGAGGGACUCUUCAACGAGUCUCUACCCAGAGGAGGCUACAUGGAGGUGGUUCAGAUCCCAAAAGGAUCGGUUCACAUCGAGAUCAAAGAGCUUGCCAUGUCGAAGAAUUAUAUUGCUCUGAAAUCUGAAGGGGAUGAUUAUUACAUCAACGGAGCGUGGACCAUCGACUGGCCCAGGAAGUUUGACAUUGCAGGGACGGCCUUCCACUACAAGAGACCCUCGGAUGAGCCAGAGUCUUUGGAGGCGCUGGGAGCUACCACAGAAAACCUGGUUGUCAUGGUUCUCCUUCAGGAACAGAACCUGGGAAUACGCUACAAGUUCAAUGUGCCCAUCCAGCGCACUGGAAGCGGUGACAAUGAGGUGGGCUUCUCCUGGCACCACCUGCCGUGGUCUGAGUGCUCCGCUACCUGCUCUGGAGGUUCCCAGAAGCAGGAGGUGGUGUGUAAAAGGCUGGAUGACAACUCGGUGGUCCAGAACAGCUACUGCGACCCAGACAGCAAACCUCCGGAGAACCAGAGAGACUGCAACACCGAGCCGUGUCCUCCAGAGUGGUUCAUCGGCGACUGGUCGGAGUGCGGGAAGACAUGUGACGGCGGGAUAAGGACGAGGACGGUCCUGUGCAUCAGGAAGAUCGGCCCUGCUGAGGAAGAGACACUGGAGGACAGCCACUGUCUGACCCACCGCCCUAUAGAACAAGAGUCGUGCAACAACCAGUCCUGCCCGCCGAAGUGGGUCACUCUGGACUGGUCAGAGUGCACACCGAAAUGUGGCCCAGGCUUCAAGCACCGCAUCGCCUUGUGCAAGAGCAGCGACCUGACCAAGACCUUCCCUCCCGCCCACUGCCCGAGCCACAACAAACCUCCGGUCCGAAUCCGCUGCAGUUUAGGACGCUGUCCUCCUCCCCGAUGGAUCCCUGGCGAAUGGGGACAGUGUUCGGCCCAGUGCGGCCUGGGCCAGCAGAUGAGGACGGUGCAGUGUCUGUCCUACACCGGGCAGCCGUCGAAUGAGUGCGCAGAGUCCCUCCGACCCACCACCAUGCAGCAGUGUGAGAGCAAGUGUGACGCCACCCCCAUCUCCAACGGCGACGAAUGCAAAGAUGUGAACAAAGUGGCCUACUGCCCGCUGGUCCUCAAGUUCAAGUUCUGCAGCCGUGCGUACUUCAGGCAGAUGUGCUGUAAGACCUGCCAGGGCCACUGACCCCGACACAGCGAGGGCGAGACGGCGAGGGGGAGACAGACAGAGAAAGGCAAGAAAGAUGGAGGGGGGCUGACACAGCACUCAGAGGGAGAAAAGAGGGCAGACUGAAAAUCAAACCAAACCUCUGGACCAGUGGAAGACGGAUGAAGAGAUCAGCGCUGGCGAAAGAAGAAGUAAGGAUUUCCCUAUUUAUCACACCUGAUCCUCCUGCCCUCCAUCGUGGUGGAAUCCAAACCACUGCUCAGCCCGCAACGCUGACACAAACUUAUUUUUUAAAAUGUUCACUUCUGUGAAGUGGAACUCGGAAGAUUAUCUGUUGGUGAUGUUAUUUUUAUUAUAAUAAUAAUUAUUAAUAUCAUUGUUAGUCUUCCUUUGUGUUUGUUGUUUUAUGAAUCCAAAGUGCUGGACACAUCGCUCACAGAGGAUGUACCCGGAGGUAGACGGACGGAGGGGAGGACUCCUCACUGGAAGAGGGGGACGGGAGUUGAGCGUGUCGGACUCCCGUCUUUGGGAUGGCCGUGACGGUGCUAUUGGCAGGCAGACUUUUUGGCUUCGGUGCACUUUUUCGUGUAAAUACUUUGCCAAUUUACCGCUCAAAUACGACAGAGAAACCCCAUCAGUGUACUGUAUAUUUAUUGUACAAUUCCAAACAGAGCUGAGAUAUUGUCCUCUGAUCAUGUUUGUGUCAGAUAGUAGCCUACUGUCAAGGAAGGGAAUGUAAUGUGAUUGAAUUCAUAUUCAACGUCUCUGUGCUGGAAUGAGAAUAUUGCAUACUGUAACAUACGUUAAACCCUUAUAUACUGUAAGGAUUUGUAUAUUAUAUAUGAUGUUAAUCCAGGACCAGAAAAUACCACGUGGUUAUAGGAGCAUUUUUAAUUCACGUUUGCCUUAGUUACGAAUACUCAAAGUAAAGUUCGCCCGGUGUCAGUCGGUCGUCCAAACGUAGUAUGAAGACACGGUCGGACUGCCUGGGCCGCAUCAAACACUGUUACCAAACUGGCCUUGACUAAACAUCCCAUAGAGGAGCUUCCGGUUCACUAUUGAAGGAUUCAUUUUGAAGGAGCAUAUUCUAUGAAGCAGCUUGUUCAUUGGAAUCACAGUGCAGUCACUAUUUCCUGCUCUUUAAAGCUGGACAAUUGGUCAUAUUUUUUGUAUUUCAGCACCGAACGGACGGUUUAGUCUGACAUUUUGGGAAAUGAGAAGCUUAAUACCAGUCACAUCAUGUCUGUGCUGUGAAUGUGGAGCUUUAGCUAGCGGAUUGUUAGCUGAGUUUAGCAUAGCAUGCUAGCCUGGCUAGCACCUCCAAAUCUCGCUUAUUAAUACAUAUUAUUUCUUUAAUCUGUCCAAAGAACUGAGUGUAAAAAUUAGAUGUGGGAGUUCAGUUCAAAAGAUUCGUGGUCACUUUUUCUCUUAGAUAAUUAAUGACAUCACACCAUUUAAAUGCAUUUUUGUACAUAAGUGCGAAAAACGUUGAGAUGUUCGGCGUUUAUGCAGCUUUUGUGCUGUAUCUCACAGCUGAACUAUCAAUGUUGCUGUCAGUCAGUGGGGAGCGAUGAACGUCCAUUUGAUCAUCUAACGAAAACCGAGAGUAAAAACAAAAAGUCGUAUUUCUAAGCGUUGAUGCUGUAAUACCCCAUCUGACCACAACAUCAAAAACCGCGUCAGAGCCGAGGCUUUUUCCUGGAGGCUUGGUCCAGCACGUAACCUCCCUGACAACUGCUUCACGUCUCCUGGCUGCGGUUUCUUAAUUAUCCGACCGACAUGAACGGUAUCGAUCUUCUCAUUCAAUUCUCAGCGAGGAAGUGAAAAAGUAUUUCCCAAAAAGUCUAACUUGCCUUUAAAUACGGGCCCGGUGCUAAAUAUACACACACAUCACAUUCAUCAUGGAUAUGUUGCCAGACCACGUAUCCAGGCUCCAGAUAAAACGACCCCACCGUUCUCUUUCCUCUCAUCAUCAACAGCCGCCUCGAUGGUGCUUCCCCCUCCUCUACGUUAUUGUAUUUUUUAUCUCCAUGGAGUACUGUGUUUACCUCUUCUUUUCCUCCUGCUCUGCUCCGAGGGUUACGGCCUUCCCAGGCUUCUGGUGCUAUCAAGUGGGUGCUUCCAUUCAACCCUCUCCAGUGAGGCUGGAUCCAAACAAUAUGAAAUAUAUCCUCGUCAAUCUCUCUGUUGGUAAAUGCUGGUCAUGUUAUGUUUUGUUUGUAUCUGUUAAUACCUCACACUGGGAAUUUUCAUUGUUAACCGUGUAUUGUUGUUUGUGCUACCAACAAAAUGGACACUCACCCAGUUGUAACUGACCCCUUUAGGCAGGGGACGUUUAUGCUGGUGGAGGGGUUGUGAAAGGGAACACCUGCGAAACGCCUCCAUCACACUCAGCGCGCAUCUGAGAGACAAUAGGAGUGUGCAAGAAUCUCAUCGAAGCUGUUAACAACUAAUUUCUAAUUUUGCUGCUGCUACUUUUUCGUAGCCACCUUCAGUAUGACAAUGUCGAGCAGAUUUUGUUGGUUACCAAACCUUGAAUGAGGCGGUCGGGAAGGGACGGCGGAUGGCGAGAAGCGUUUGAAUUUAAACGGCUUGGACUGACGCCUCCGCUGGCUGCGGGACGCGGAGCCUCCAGAAAACGAGAAGUGAAAUCAAUCAAACUGGUACUCAUUGCUGUGAACUUGGAUGUUUGAAUGUCACAUUGCUUAUACCUGUACCUAAAGUGCAAGAGAAAUGAAAAGCAUCUUGAUUAUUUGCUUAUAUUUUAUAUUCAGUAUUAAUGUUGGUACACUGUUACUAAUUUUUUUUCCAAAUGUAAAUUAUAUGCUAAUUUAUUGCGUUGUCUCACUUGUACAUUUAUUUCACUGCAUGCAAACUGAAAUUUAGCAUAGUGAAAAAAAUGCAGUGAUGCAGCCCCUC